AUGACACAACAUGUCUCCAAGAAAAGACGGACCGAUGAACUUUCCGAUUCUGAUAAUUUUAACACUAGUGACCAUGAACAAGAAAUUAAAUUGAAUAGCAUUCCUUACGUUGCAAAUGGCUCUUCAAACCAAUCAUGGCAAACUACUAUAGAAAAGGUUGUGCAAUCUGUGGUUAGUAUUCACUUUUGUCAGGUGGCGUCUUUUGAUACUGAAGACGCAGUGGUCAGUCAAGCAACUGGAUUUGUGGUCGAUAGUGUCAAUGGAUACAUCUUAACCAAUAGACAUGUUGUUGGACCCGGACCUUUCGUAGGCUAUGCUGUGUUUGACAAUCACGAAGAAUGUGAUGUGAAGCCUAUUUACAGAGAUCCAGUGCACGAUUUUGGUGUAUUACAGUUUGAACCCAAGAACAUAAAAUAUAUGAAAGUAUCAGAAUUAACUCUCAGACCAGACUUAGCAAAAGUCGGGUGCGAAAUUAGAGUGGUAGGAAACGACGCUGGUGAAAAGUUGUCAAUUUUAAGUGGUUUUAUUUCCAGAUUAGACAGGAACGCUCCUGAAUAUGGAUCACUUACUUAUAACGAUUUUAAUACCGAGUAUAUUCAGGCAGCUGCCAGUGCAACUGGGGGCUCAUCUGGUUCCCCAGUAGUGGACAUCGACGGAUAUGCAGUUGCUCUUCAAGCUGGAGGAUCUACGGAAUCAUCUACUGACUUUUUUUUUCCAGUUUAUAGAGCUUUACGUGCUCUUAGAUGCAUCCAAAACGGUGAGCCAAUUUCAAGAGGCACCAUACAAGUUCAAUGGAUAUUGAGACCAUUCGAUGAAUGUAGAAGAUUGGGUAUUCGUUCUGAUAAUGAGAAGACAAUGCGAGAUAAGUUUCCUUCUAUUCACGGAUUACUUGUAGCAGAAGUUGUCCUUCCAGAGGGUCCGGCCGAUGGGUCUUUAAGAGAGGGGGAUACGUUGAUCUCCAUUAAUGGUGAACUAGUCUCUUCAUUUGUCAAAGUAGAUGAAGUACUUGAUUCUUCUGUAGGACAAACAGUCGAACUAGUGGUUGAUAGAAACGGGAAGGAUCUUCAUUUUACUAUUCCUGUCAAUGACUUACAUGCGAUCACUCCAGCUAGGUAUUUGGAAGUUUGUGGUGCCUCCUUUAAUGAUCUUAGUUACCAAAUGGCACGCUUGUAUGCUAUUCCAGUAAGAGGUGUGUUUGCUAAUAGAGCAUCAGGAAGCUUCACAUUAGACACGAGAGAUAGGUGUGGUUGGAUAAUUGACUCCUUAGAUCACAAAGAUACACCCGACUUAGAUACCUUUAUCGAGGUUCUCAAGUCUAUUCCCGACUGCUCUCGAGUUCAAAUUAGUUUCAGGCAUAUUUCCGACCUUCAUACUAUUGAAGAAAGCGUUGUGUACAUUGAUCGACACUGGUACUCUGAAUUCAGGCUGGCAACUAGAAACGAUGAGACUGGUUUGUGGGAUUUUACUAAUCUUCAAGAAAAACCUCUACCUCCCAAACCACUGAGACCCUUGCAUGCUAAAUUCAUUGAUAUUCCCACAGAGAAACCGGGGUGUUCCAAACUAGGUCACAGUAUGGUACUUGUUACUGCUCACUUCCCGUUAGUGAUGGAUGGGUACAAAGACAAUACCUCAAGAGGAUAUGGUGUAAUUGCUAGCGCUGAAAAUGGAUAUGUCAUCAUUUCACGUAAGGUCGUACCACACGAUCUCAUCGAAGUAUUCGUCACUGUUGCCGAGUCGAUCAUUGUACCUGCAAAGGUUAAAUUUUUGCAUCCUUUGCACAACUAUGCAAUCGUUAAGUAUGACCCAAGCUUAGUGGAGGCUGACGUUUUGACUCCCAAUUUUUCUUCGAACCCUCUGAAAAGGGGUGACAAAGUCGUCUUUGUUGGAUUCAAUCAAAAUAUGAGAGCUGUUUCAGAUAUCACAAAGGUCAGCGAUAUACCAGUACUGAAUGUGCCUAUCAAUCCAUUGAGUCCCCGUUAUAGGGCAUGUAACUUUGAAGGUAUUCAAGUUGACUCAAGUGUUGCCAAUCCUGCACCCUCAGGUGUACUCGCUGAUGAGGAUGGAACUAUACGUGCAUUAUGGUUAACAUAUCUAGGAUCGGUGACCGAUGAGGGCUACGAUCGUGUAUUCGGAAUGGGAUUCGAUACCAGUCAUAUCAAUCAAAUUGUGUCCCGAUGCAUAGCAAACGAAGGGCAUUUAACUGACUUGCGUAUUAUUGAUAGUGAAUUUUACGCUUUACCUGUAAUUCAAGCCCGGUUGAGAGGGGUUCCAGAAGCAUGGAUCGAAAGAGUAGAAUCACGAAAAGAUGUUGAGAGACCUCAAUUUUUUACCGUUUUAAGAACCAGUACCCCAGCCAUUGGAAUGGAAGCUUCGCCUUUAAAAGUUGGUGAUAUUGUAUUGUCUCUAAAUGGACAUGCCGUGAACAAAAUGGCUGACCUUGACGACAUGUAUACUCAAACUGAGCUGCAAGUUGAAAUUCUAAGAAAAAAACAAAUUAUAAAGGUGACCGUUCCCACCGUUUCGACGGAAAAGUUCAACACAUCCCAUCUAGUUUAUUGGUCUGGUGCGUUAUUACAGCCCCCUCACCAGUCCGUGCGCCAGGUUAUGAAGAAUUUGCCUUCCUCAAUUUAUAUCAUGAGCAGAAAUCAAGGAUCACCAGCUACCCAGUACGGUUUAAAUUCUACACAAUUUGUGACACAUGUAAAUGAGCAAGAGACUCCUGAUCUUGAAGCGUUUAUCAAUGUCGUUCGUGGAAUCCCAGACAACACUUAUUGUAAGUUGCGUCUAGUCUCAUUUGACAACAUUCCUUCAGCAUUAACACUGAAAACUAAUUAUCACUAUUUUCCAACGUCGGUGAUUCGGAAAGAUGAAGCUGAGGACAAAUGGAUAGAAAUAGAUUUUACAAAGGACGGGCCAGUUCGUCUUGAAUUAAACUGA